UGUCAGCUGCGCGUUGCAGGGGGACCGGAGAAGCCGGCUUUGCCUCCUCCCGGGUCUGCGGGCGAAGCCGGGAGACGGGCACUGGAGAACUAGGCGGAGUCCCCGACGGCGGAGCGUGCAGCUUUCCUGCAGGCUAGAUGGUAACUACUGGACAGCUUUGUGGAACUGUUUCUAGGACCUCGUCAUUUGUGCAGGACCACUCUUAAAAGGCGUCUCACAUUCACUCCCCACUCUGUGAAAAGGCACCUGGCUGGUGGAGAGUGGAUUUUGAUGCCUUCUGAAGAUAGUAGCAAGUGAGAUUUCCUCCGGGUCAUCCAAAAUGCUGUUAAAACAUAUUGGAUAAGAACUGAGCCACCUGCCUGUGUGGGACUUCCAUACUCUCCUGUAUUGUCUUCGGAUGGCAUUUUGAUUUGCAUCGGGGCCAAGUGACCUGCUAUUCAGGAUGAGUGAUGAGAAGAACCUUGGGGUGUCUCAAAAACUGGUCUCACCUUCAAGGAGCACCAGUAGCUGCUCCUCCAAGCAGGGAAGUCGACAGGACAGCUGGGAGGUGGUGGAAGGGCUGAGAGGAGAGAUGAGUUACACCCAGGAGCCGCCCAUGCAGAAAGGAUUCUUGCUGAAAAAGAGGAAAUGGCCCUUGAAAGGCUGGCACAAGAGAUUUUUCUAUCUGGACAAAGGAAUCUUGAAAUAUGCCAAGAGCCAAACCGAUAUAGAGAGAGAGAAGCUUCAUGGCUGCAUUGACGUUGGGCUCUCAGUGAUGUCUGUGAAGAAGUCAUCAAAAUGCAUAGAUCUGGAUACCGAAGAGCACAUCUACCAUCUGAAGGUAAAGUCAGAAGAAGUCUUUGAUGAGUGGGUAUCUAAACUCCGCCACCACAGAAUGUAUCGUCAGAAUGAAAUCGCCAUGUUUCCACAUGACGUUAAUCACUAUUUCCAAGGAUCCACGGUCACAGACUCUGCGUCUGGUGUCUUAGACUCCAUUUCAAGUAGGAAGCGUAGCAGUAUAUCAAAGCAGAAUUCAAUUCAAACUGGAAGCAAUUUAUCAUUUUCUUGUGGUGGUGAGACCCGUGUUCCAUUAUGGUUACAGUCUUCAGAGGACAUGGAAAAGUGCUCAAAAGACCUGGCACACUGUCAUGCCUACCUGGUGGAAAUGAGCCAGCUCCUACAAAGUAUGGACGUCCUGCAUCGGACCUAUUCGGCGCCAGCUAUCAACGCCAUCCAGGGUGGAGCUUUUGAAAGUCCUAAAAAGGAAAAAAGAUCACACAGGAGGUGGCGGUCCAGAGCUAUUGGCAAAGAUGCUAAAGGAACACUGCAGGUCCCUAAACCUUUUCCUGGCCCAGUAAGACUACAUUCCUCCAACCCUAAUUUGUCAACAUUAGAUUUUGGAGAAGAGAAAAAUUAUUCUGAUGGCUCUGAAACCUCAUCAGAGUUUUCUAAAAUGCAAGAAGAACUGUGUCAUAUUGCUCAUAAAGUUUACUUCACUUUAAGGUCAGCUUUUAAUACCAUAUCAACGGAGAGAGAAAAACUCAAGCAGCUGAUGGAACAGGACGUCUCCUCCUCCCCCUCGGCCCAGGUCAUUGGUCUGAAGCACGCCCUGUCAUCUGCCCUAGCACAAAACACAGACCUUAAAGAACGCUUAUGCAGAAUCCAUGCUGAGUCUCUGCUCCUCGAUUCCCCUGCUGCUGCCAAGUCGGGUGACAGUCUGGCAGAGGAAAACUCCAGAGACGACAACCGAGCUCUGGUCCAUCAGCUUUCCAAUGAAAGUAGACUCUCCAUCACUGACUCCCUUUCAGAGUUUUUUGAUGCACAGGAAGUUCUCUUAUCUCCAAGCUCUUCAGAAAAUGAGAUUUCUGAGGAUGACUCCUAUGUCAGUGACAUAAGUGAUAACCUUUCCUUAGACAAUCUCAGUAAUGAUUUAGAUAAUGAGAGACAGACCUUGGGGCCUGUGCUUGAAAGCGGUGGGGACGCAAAGUCCAAAAGAAGAAGUUGCUUGCCAGCUCCAUGUCCCAACGCCAGUAACAUCAGCCUGUGGAACAUCCUGAGGAACAACAUAGGGAAGGACCUGUCCAAGGUGGCCAUGCCGGUGGAGCUGAACGAGCCGCUGAACACCCUGCAGCGGCUCUGCGAGGAGCUGGAGUACAGCGAGCUUCUGGACAAGGCCGCACAAGUCCCCAGCGCCUUGGAAAGGAUGGUGUACGUGGCAGCCUUUGCUGUAUCAGCAUAUGCAUCUAGCUAUUUCCGAGCUGGGAGCAAGCCCUUCAAUCCUGUUCUUGGAGAAACCUAUGAGUGUAUCCGCGAGGACAAAGGCUUCCAGUUUUUCUCGGAGCAGGUCAGCCACCAUCCACCUAUCUCUGCAUGUCACGCUGAGUCUGGAAAUUUUGUUUUCUGGCAAGAUGUGAGAUGGAAAAACAAAUUCUGGGGCAAAUCCAUGGAAAUUGUCCCCAUUGGCACCACCCACGUGACUCUGCCAGCCUUUGGAGAUCAUUUUGAGUGGAACAAAGUGACCUCUUGCAUCCAUAACAUCUUAAGUGGGCAGAGAUGGAUUGAGCACUAUGGGGAGAUUGUCAUCAAGAACCUGAAUGAUGACUCCUGCCACUGCAAAGUGAAUUUCAUAAAGGCAAAAUACUGGAGCACUAAUGCCCGUGAGAUUGAAGGUACGGUAUUUGACAAGAAUGGAAAAGCCGUGCAUCGGCUCUUCGGGAAAUGGCACGAAAGCAUCUACUGUGGGGGCUCCUCCUCGUCCACUUGUGUCUGGAGAGCAAAUCCCAUGCCAAAAGGCUAUGAGCAAUAUUAUGGCUUCACACAGUUUGCCCUAGAAUUAAAUGAAAUGGAUCCAUUGUCAAAGUCUUUAUUACCACCUACUGACACUCGUUUUAGACCAGACCAAAGGUUCCUAGAAGAAGGGAACUUGGAAGAAGCUGAAAUACAAAAGCAGAGGAUUGAACAGCUACAGAGAGAAAGGCGACGGGUCUUAGAAGAAAAUAAUGUGGAACACCAGCCGCGGUUUUUCAGGAAAUCCAAUGAUGACUGUUGGGUGAGCAACGGCACCUAUUUGGAACUUAGAAAAGAUCUUGGUUUUUCCAAACUGGACCAUCCUGUCUUGUGGUGAAAAAGGAAAGAAGAAUGAUACACCUGUACUUCUCCUGUGUUUGCUUUCUGAAGCCACAAACCUGUGUCUAUAUAUUUAAAAGAAAUUAUCUAGAAUGAUUACCUGUGCUUAGCUUAGCAUUGUAUUUAAGUAUGUAUUUUCUUCAAUAGUUUCCUUUAUAAUUUCAAAUGUUAUCACAAUUGUUUAUAUGAAUGUAGAACACCUUGAUAUUUCAUUUUAUAUAUAAGCUAUUUAAUAAAAAUGAAAGACUGAA